CAAUUGCUAUUUUAGGAAAAUAAAUGAGUUGAAUGAAUUUGAAAGGUCUCAUGGAGCUGAUUCUUGUUAGGUUCUGCUUCUAGAGAUACCUGAAAUUCUAGUUUAGCUGUUUCUACUGAUUGUCAAGUAUGGCCGGUUUUACCGCUCGAGCGUUUCAAGCUCCUGAUGAUUUGAGAAUCAUGGGCAUCGUCCCCGUUGGCCGUUGCCCACCAUCUUUGUAACUUUACGUUUGAAUCAGGGCCAAAAAGACUACUACUUAAUUUUAAUACAAGAAUUUGCAAUUCAGAAAGGCCGAGUGCAAGGGCAGAUCAUACAGGCCCUACUUGACUGGAGUCCUCCCCUCGAAAUCCGAAUUCAUUGGAUCCUUCCACAAAAUAAAGCCAAUUGGCCCAAAGAAUCAAACAAACCAAGGGGAUGCAGCCACGUCAAUCUCCUAAACAGGAAUGGCUUUUUCUCUGCCACCUUGGACUCUCAUAUCAUAUACUCUUUUGUCAAGAAAAAGAGCAUUUUCCGGUUGGUGAUGGGAAUGACUGGUGACAAGUGGGAUGAUGAAUAUUCUGUCAUUGGAGACAAAGGAGAAAUUGAUUUCAUUGAUUAUGAGAACGAUAACUCUGUGUGUAAUUACAAUCCACUUGAAGAGGGUCCUGUUGUAGUCUCUGCACCAUUUUCUUUUAUAGAUGGGAAGCCUCAAUCCGUCUUUGUGGGAGAAACUGCUUUUGAUUCGAUCACUAUCAGAAACACCAGUGGUGAUCCUAUGGAUUUGUGGACUAAAAUUUAUGCAUCGACUCCUGAGGAUUCCUUCACUCUUUCUUUGAUGAAACCUCCAUCAGCAAAUUCUGAAGGAAAUAGAAGCCAAGGGUUCAUUGAAUUUUUUGAUUUAGAGGACAGAAUGAUACAGCCUGGAGAGACUUUAACUAUUUGGCUGUCUUGCAAAGCAAAGCAAAUUGGCUUGCACACUACAGUUGUGCAUUUUGAUGUGGGAGGUGAUAGAUUAGAAAGAGUGGCCUUUCUGUUGGUCGAAGAUAAGAUCUCACAAUCUUUGGCAUCUAAGAAGCCAUAUUCUAGAGGACAGAGAAAGAAACAAUUUGCUGUGGAUGCAUUUGUUACUGGAUCACGCCCAGCAAGGGCAAUGGAACGAGGUUUCAAAAGCAGGCUUCCCCGGUAUGACAUUCCAAAGGAUAUUAGAGAGCUGGUUGAGAGUAAGCAGACUCCUGAUGUUAUUAAAGCAGGUCUAACAAAGGAUAAUUAUGCAUCUUACUUCAAACAUCUUUUAAUCUUGGAGGAGUUACAACUAGAGGAAGACAUGAGGGCCUAUAACAUGGAGAAUAUUAACAUGAGAAAGAAUGGAAAGUUUUUAUCGCUUAAGGUCCCAGGGCUUGCUGAAAGAAGGCCUUCACUUGUCCAUGGAGAUCAUAUUUUUGCUAAGCUCCCUUGUCAAGAUGCAAGUGAAACAUCUAGAGUUUAUCAGGGUUUUAUCCAUAGGGUAGAAGCUGAUGAAGUGUUUUUGAAGUUUGCACCAGAAUUUCACUUGUCCCACAUAGAUGAGAAUCUUUAUAAUGUACAGUUCACAUAUAACCGAAUCAAUAUGCGGAGGUUAUACCAAGCCAUUGAUGCUGCAGAAGGCUUAGAGUUAAAUCUCCUUUUUCCAUCUGAGUCCCCGAAAAGUAGGCUGAUUGAAACGACUCCUCUGGUGCCCAUAUCUUGUACACUUAAUGAGGAGCAGAUGUGCUCAAUUGAGAUGAUCCUUGGCUGCAAAGGAGGACCCCCUUACGUGAUUUAUGGGCCUCCAGGUACAGGGAAGACCAUGACAGUAGUGGAGGCAAUCCUCCAGCUCCACAAAACUCAAGAUUGUUCUCGAAUUCUUGUCUGCGCCCCUUCAAAUAGCACUGCUGAUUUCAUACUAGAGAAACUCCUCAAUGCAGAGUCUGUUGAGCUCAGAGAGAAUGAAAUAUUCAGACUCAAUGCAGCUACACGUCCAUACAAUGAUGUCAAGCCUGAUUUUCUUCGGUUUUGCUUCUUUGAUGAGCUUGUCUUCAAAUGUCCUCCAGUUAGUGCUAUCACCUGCUACAGAAUCGUCAUAUCAACUUACAUGAGUUCCUCCCUUCUCUGUGCAGAAAGUGUUCCUAAGGGCCACUUCUCUCAUAUUUUCUUGGAUGAGGCUGGUCAAGCUUCAGAGCCAGAAAGCAUGGUCCCUAUAGCCAACCUUUGCCAAAGAGACACAGUUGUCGUGCUUGCUGGAGACCCAAUGCAAUUAGGCCCAGUUAUAUACUCCAGAGAAGCAGAGACUCUCGGACUGGGGAAGUCAUACUUAGAAAGGCUAUUUGAAUGCGAAUUUUAUUCUGAAGGGGAUGAAAAUUAUGUAACAAAAUUGGUUAGAAACUACCGUUGUGACCCAGAGAUCCUAUAUCUCCCUUCAUUGCUUUUCUACAAUGGUGAAUUGAUCCCUUGUAAAGAUUACAUAGGUUCAGUCUUGAAUUCAGUUAAGUUUCUUCCUAAUAAGGAGUUCCCUGUCUUUUUCUUUGGCAUCCAAGGCUUUGAUGAGAGGGAAGGAAGUAAUCCAUCAUGGUUCAAUCGGAUUGAAGCCAGCAAGGUUGUAGAGGUUGUUAAGAGUUUGACAGCUAGUGGCAUUUUGAGCCAGGAAGAUAUUGGUGUUAUAACCCCCUACAGGCAGCAAGUCCUCAAACUACAGAAUGCCCUUGAGAAUCUUGACAUGCCUGAUAUCAAGGUUGGAAGCGUUGAACAAUUUCAAGGACAAGAAAGAAAAAUUAUUAUCAUAUCUACUGUCCGAUCAACAGUCAAACACAAUGAGUUUGACAGGACCUACUGUUUGGGAUUUUUGAGCAAUCCAAGAAGGUUUAAUGUGGCCAUUACCCGUGCAAUAUCUUUGCUUGUUAUUAUUGGGAAUCCCCACAUAAUUUCCAAGGACCCAUACUGGAGCAAGCUUAUAUGGCGUUGUGCAGAUAACAACUCUUAUCAGGGCUGUGCUCUUCCUGAGAGGCAGGUGUAUGUUGAUGAAGUUUCAAUUGAGGAGGAUUGCUGGAACCAUGAUGAAAACACCCAUGCUGAAAGUGGAUGGGUUCAAGGCACCAUUGAAAGUGAAGUUCCCAAACCUGUUACAGAUGAAGCUGAGUGGUCUGACGGUUGGAAAUGAAAUACUAACCCUUCAAGGGUUGUUUCACUUUUUUUUGCCCUUAUUUUCAUAUGACCUUUUUGCCUGCGUUUGCUUAACAGUGACAAAUGUGAUGAAUUAUGUGUCUACUUCAAGUGAUAAUAUGACAUAAUGGUAAAGCAAAAAUGAGAUCUUCUUACACUAUUA